AAAGAUGGAGUGGCCCUUCUACUGUGUGGCCGCUACACGCUAACUAACUGACCAGAAAUAACUCGCAUUCAGAUAUCAAGUGUGGAUAAGUUUCCUGUUUAUGCAGUGAAGUUAUUGUGGUCCAGACGAAGUUAAUCAUUGUAGACAAAAUACUGGAGUUGUCCUUGUGUCGAGCGGGGCUAAGUCAUUGUGGGAAGCAAGAGGACCAGUACAGCAUCAUACAGGACUUUAAGAUCCAGCACAUCUUUAAGCUGCCGCCAGCCAUCUUCAAAGAUGUCUGACUAUCUGAUGAGAGGGUUCAGGGCCCAGCUGACCACAAGCAUGGACUCAAUCCUGAGGAGAGCUGUAUUUGAAAUAAUGAUGAUCUUUGAAAACAGCCUACAUGACCAUAAACUGGAGAUGGCACAGAAAGGACAUGAAAUUGCUCAACUUAAAAUAAAGUUACAGAGAGCUGAGCUCAAGCUGACCGAAAGCGAGCAGCGUGGAGACCAAGAAGCAGAGAUGAUUGAAAUUCUGAUGAAUGAAACGCAAAAAGAGCCUUUGGAUGCCCCUGGACAACCUUCAGAUGUUCCUGAGAUUGAUUUUGAAGUACCUGAUGACUGGUGUGCUCCCCUGGGCUGUGAGACCGUGACCAAGCCUCAAAACAGCGCGUGUCCCAGCGUAAGACUGCGCCAGCUGUCCAUUCCUCUGUGGCCCAUUCCAGUCAAGCAGGAGGUGGUUAACUGUGAGUCCAACCAGCAAGCAAAGGAUCUUGGGAAAUCCAGUAGAGGUUCCUCAUUAAAAAAGAAGCACAAACAGACUAAGGACAAAACCUUACCGGUGGACAGUCAAGGAACUCACCGUAUGAGAAUGAGAAACGACAUGAAAAAAUUGCUCCAAGACAUCAAGCAGGGAUAUGCUGACCUAACAGGUGCUACCGGCCUUAGAAGAAAAGGGAAAAAGUCAACAGGAAAAGAGCAAGAAAAUACAACAAAGCUCAAAAGAGAUGAACAAAAACUUGAAGCAGCAGAGUCUACUGAAAAGGAGACAGUGACAGAUGAUGAUGAGAAAAAGUACUCUUGCAAGUUUUGUAAUAAGGUAUUUAAUACAGAGUUUGGCCUAAGUGUGCAUGUGCGAUCACACAAAAGGUGCCGUGGUUGCAAAAGAGACUUCCCUUUUCCAAGUGCUCUUAAGUUACAUAAGUCGCAUUGCAAAAAACUCAAGCUGUUGUUGGAAAAAGAAGCUGAAUCAAGUAAUCCCCCAAAACCUGAGUCCUCUGAAGAAAAGCCCACUGCACCCAGCAAAAAACAGGUGGUCGUAAAGGAAAGUGUAAAGGAAAGCGUAAAGGAAAGCGUAAAGGAAAGCGCAAAGGAAAGCGCAAAGGAAAGCGAACCUUCCUCAAGCAACCACAGUGAAUCGUCUAUCCAGAAAGCUGGGCCCACCAAAAAGCACGUUUGUGUACGCUGUAACAAGUCGUUUGUUAAACGUUGGGCGCUUACACAGCACUUUCGUGUUCACACUGGUGAGAGGCCGUUCCCGUGCAGCAUGUGUCCUAAGAGAUUCCGCGUUAAUCAGGCACGUAAAAAACACAUAUUGAGAGUGCACAAAGACCAAACUCAGCCCAGUGAGACUACUAAAACCGUUGCCCGGACCAAGCCUUCGGAGGAGACAGAAGAUGAUCAAGAGAAGAAGAAAGACAGGACUCGAGCGGUCAACCAUAACAAUGCUCAGGGAGAUGGCAGUCCCGACACAAAGCCGAGUUCAGCAUGGGAGACGAUGGGCACGGCCUGCGCUGACGGUUUCAUGUGCUUGCUGUGUAAGAAGGUCACGAGCUCUAAGUACGGGCUGAUAGAACACUAUCGCAUCCACACGGGAGAGAAGCCCAUCAAGUGUGACAUGUGUCCUGCAAAGUUUCGUUUUCGAGGACAGCUAAGCAUGCACAAGAAAAGGUGUCUGAAGACGGGUUUGACCCAGUGUGCAAAGUGUCAGGAGAAAUUCUCCUCACCAAUAAGGUGCAAGAGGCAUAUGGCUCACUGUAACAGAGACAAGCCCAAGUUAUGCAAGGUUUGUGGAAAAGCCUUCUUCACUAAAGGACGUCUCAAAACCCACAUGAAGACUAAUCAUCUGUAAGUCAGCAUACAGUCAGCGCCUGUCUGUGGACACUCAAACACUGGAUGUUGUCAUUAAUGCUGCGACAGAUUAAUGGCGUUUUCCUACAUUUCAAGGUUCUGUUUUUUUUUUUUUUUAUUUGUUUUUUUAAAUUCAAAUAACAAUUAUAUGAAUCACAUCAGUAUUCCCAAUCUCCUUUAAGUAUGAAAACACAACUGUAAAACUGUUUGGUGUAAUUCAUCAAGACACUUCAGUCUUAAAGUGAGAGCCCAGAUGUAAAACAUCACGACUUUGGUAAAUUCUUUCAGGAAAUCCAAAUUAAGAAACCACUCAUAGAGAAACUGUUUGUUGUUUGGCAAACUCAGUGAGUACCUGACAAAUUAAGGCCAUUUAAAUGCAAUAAUGCUUGAAAGCAGACCUACCCCUCGACUGAUGUAUUGGCCUCAGUAUUAUUGAUAAAACACUAAAAGUAUGGCCUUGGGUAGAGCUGCAUAACAAAAUAUCGAGCUGUUAAAGAAAUCUGUCGUCUCACAACACACCAUCUUCAAAAGUGGGUGGAUUCAAAGGUCGAGCCAGGAUAUUAAGGCUUACAAGUUUUUGCGGAAUUUGAAACUGAAUCAUUCUUGUUUGUGGAGUUUGAAUCUUGGACUGUUUUCCUGACAAAACACAGUUGAUUUAUCCUGGAUUAUUUUUGUCUUGUUAUUUGAGAUAUCUGAAAAUAUUCCACUGGUCACAACUACUGGCAUUCAAAGUAAUGUUAUUUCAUCUGAUGAGUCUUGAAACAAGAAAGAGCAAAACUCAACAUAGUUUACGGUUUAAAUUAUUCCAAAGUUUGUUUUAGUUUGUAUGGGUUGUAUUCAUUGAUCCACAUGGACAUUAUGGAAUAGAUGGUCUUACAAUCCUACUUUUCUUUAUUUACUUUAAUAAAAGUAUUGUUAUGGUGUUGCUCAACCUAGAUAUUGCCAGCUUCCCCAAAUAAAAUCAUAAUUUAUA